GACGUCUCCAACGGCCUGAAGAUCUCAUUGCCCCCCGCUGUAGCCUGCUGUAGCUCAUCAUGUCUUCGCACCAAUCCCCCUCCAGGUCCAUAUGGCGGAGAAAUUGUCGGCAAAACUUGGCCCGGCGAGCUCCACCGCAGCUCCGUCAUCCCACUUGAAAGGGCGACCCCGCCAUCGUGUACUCGACCUGACAGAGUGCCCUGUUCUUCACCCAGAACCCGCCAAUUGAUCACCUAACUUGAAUCCACUUGAAUCCGCUCGUCAUGUCGAGACCAACGCCCGCCCGGUCGGCCUCGACAAACCUCGGUGGAGGCUCUGGCUUUCGCGUGCUGGAAGGCAAGGUUGGGAUUGUGACAGGCGCUUCUAGAGGCAUCGGUGCCGCAAUUGCCCGCAACCUCGCCAGCAAAGGAUGCUCCCUCAUCCUCAACUACACGUCGGACUCGUCGGCAAAGCUCACCGAAGACCUCGCUGCCGAGCUCGAAGCCGUACACGGCGUGCAAGCGGUCCCUGUUCAAGCCAAUAUGGGCUCUGAGAACGGGCCAAAUCACAUCGUCGAAGUUGCAAAAAACCACUUCCAGCACCCCAAGACGCAAAAAUUCCAGCUCGACAUCAUAAUAAACAACGCCGGCGUGGCAGGCAACAAUACGAUCGAGAACAUUGACUGUGAGGACUUUGCGCGGCAGUACAACGUCAAUGUGCGCGGCCCACUGCUUCUUGUGCAGGCAGCGCUGCCGUACCUGCCGCACGACCGCUCCGGCCGCAUAGUGAACCUUUCUUCCGUGAGCUCGUCGCUAGGCUACAUCAGCCAGUCCAUCUACGGCGGCACGAAGGCGGCACUGGAAAGCAUGACGCGAACGUGGUCUCGCGAGCUCGCCGAACGGGCAACCGUCAACGCAAUAAAUCCAGGGCCGGUGGCAACGGACAUGUACUGGACCACCGACGAACUCUUCGUGGCACGUAACAAGCCGUUUAUCGAGAACACUCCAUUGGCAGCGCCGAGGAAAGGCAUAGAUACCGAGGAGAUAUAUGAGCCUUCGACGAAAGCAGGAGGCCGGCCGGCAUACAGUGAGGAGAUUGCGGGGGUAGUGGGGAUGCUGUGUAUGCCUGAAGCCGGGUGGACCACGGGCAGUGUGGUUUGCGCGAAUGGAGGCAUGAGAUUUAGCAUUUAGAGUAGACUACUUGGAUGUAUGACGACAAUGUAAAAUGUUGGCAUGCACGGUUGUCUUGCAAUUCAAGCCAUGCAUGGUACUGGAACGCAGACUUGAGGUGC